AUGCUUGCCCGACUUCAUUGCUGUGAUGGGCCAGAAAAUACCAACAUACUCAAUAUUUCUCGAAAACUAACGAUCAUGGCCGACGAUGGCAUGAUCAUGAACUUUGAGAUAGGAGACUCUCCUCUCCUGUCUAAACCAAUCAUUCAAGGAGGGCGUUGGAAGGACCGUCUAGCAGCAAAGAGGGAGGCUCGUGGACCAAGACCGCAACCCCACGCCCGAGAAAUAUUCAACGAGAGACGGCACGAUGUUGGAGUCGAAGAUUACAUUGGUCCGGGAGCCAACGCAAGGCCACCGAAAAGACAACGGGUUGAAGACGAUUCGGAAAGAAAUGAGAAUUCGGGGAGAAAUGAGAAUACUGCGAGAGUAAUUUCAGGUAAACUUCCGCCUGGCAGUAUAAAUAUAGGAGCCAGACGGGAUACCGCGAUACAAGAGGAGACAAGACCUGCUUUUGUUUCUGGCAAACUACCUCCAGGAAGCAUAAAAAUUGGCGGCGGCUCAAAGAAGUUCGAGGACGACGAGACAAGACCUGCUUUUAUGUCAGGGAAGCUGCCUCCUGGAAGUAUAAAAAUUGGCAGCAGCUCCAAAAAGUUCGGAGACGAGGAUACAAGACCGAACUUUGUACCAGGAAAACAACCGCCUGGAAGCAUUGGCCCUGGUCACAAUAAAGAUACUGGAAAACCAAAUCAGAUUAUCUCGUCACUCUUCACGUUCAACCCCUCGUCAAAGACUACAUUUGAGGAACCCGAAGAAGAGGUUGAACCAGCCAAACCGUCUAAUGCCCCUCUCACCGAUGAGAUGUCUACAUUUGUGAACCUGGGUCUCUCACUACGACUAGCUGCCCAUCUCUCCACUAAGAUGGGGAUGAAAGCACCGACUGCGAUUCAGAAGGCAGCAGUAACUCAGAUGGUGAAGGAUGACAGCGAUACGUUUAUACAAGCGGAAACUGGUUCAGGUAAAACCCUGGCAUACCUAUUGCCCAUUGUGGAGCGAAUCCUGGCAAUGAGCAGCAAGGACGUGCAGGUACAUCGAGAUUCUGGAUUAUUUGCAAUUGUGCUUGCUCCUACGCGAGAGUUAUGCAAGCAGAUAGCUGCCGUUUUGGAGAAGCUUUUAAGAUGUGCGCCCUGGAUUGUGGGCACUACGGUGAUUGGAGGGGAGAGCAAACAGUCGGAGAAAGCCAGACUACGAAAGGGCGUGAAUAUCCUAAUCGCAACUCCUGGAAGACUUGCGGAUCACUUGGACAACACUGAAGUUUUGAAUGUUAGCAAGGUUAGAUGGCUAGUAUUGGAUGAAGGGGAUCGAUUAAUGGAGUUGGGAUUCGAGGAGGAGAUCAAGGGGAUUGUGGAGAAGAUCGGUCGAAGAGCGUUAAAGGUGCCUUCGAUUCAAGGCUUGGACCUCAAGGCCUUGCCAAGUCGAAAGGUGACGGUCCUUUGCUCGGCUACUAUGAAGAUGAAUGUUCAGCGACUCGGAGAAAUUAGUUUGAAGGAUGCGGUUCACAUACAAGCGGAUCCUGCUGAAGUGGACAUCACGAAGGAGAAAACGAGCGACACAGAAACGGAGGAGAAGGUGUUUUCAGCUCCAGCCCAAUUAAAGCAGUCGUAUGCCGUCGUUCCCGCCAAGCUACGACUCGUCACACUUACAGCAAUCCUCAAGCGCGCAUUUGCGAGACGAGGUUCAGUCAUGAAGGCGAUUGUAUUCAUUUCCUGUGCUGAUUCAGUCGACUUUCACUUCUCAUUAUUCAGUCGGCCUCUCGAGGUUUCAGCAGAAGAUGGAGAAGCCCAACCUGAAGUACCGACAAUUACGAAGACGGACUUGACUAAAGACACAGUUGCUCAUGGAACUGCAUUCUCCAGCAAUACAAAUCCCGUCAUCCUCCACAAGUUACACGGCUCAUUGGCUCAAAAUAUUAGAACAGCAACGCUCAAGGCUUUUACUCAAUCUACAGAGCCCUGCGUCUUGGUCUGUACCGAUGUCGCAUCUCGAGGUCUGGAUUUACCAAACGUAGACUAUGUAAUCGAGUACGACCCCCCUUUCAGCGCCGACGACCAUCUUCAUCGUGUCGGGAGAACCGCUCGAGCGGGACGAGAGGGCCGAGCAUUGAUCUUCCUGCUCCCUGGCGAGGAAGAAGAGUAUGUUUCUAUCCUAGCAUCAGGCUACAAGGACGGUAAGAAAUCACUCACCCACCAUACCGCGGAGGAUCUAGUACGAAAAGGGUUCGGUGGUACAGGCAGAGAAUGGGAAGAGCGUGCUACAGAAUGGCAAUUGGAGGUCGAGCGCUGGAGUCAAGACUCACCCAAAUAUCUCGAGAUGGCACGCCGUGGAUAUCAAAGCCAUAUCCGUGCAUAUGCUACUCAUGUAGCAAACGAAAGGCAUAUCUUCAACAUGCAAACUCUCCAUCUAGGACAUCUAGCAAAAGCGUUCGCGCUGAGAGAUAAACCGGGUAGUAUCAAGGUGCCUGGUUUGAGGCCAAACAAGAUGACAAAGGCGGAUAGAAGUGUUGCAGCUAGGAAGGCGAAGAGAGGAGAGGUGGAGGAUAAAGCUCCCGAGGGAGAGAGAGCUAGGAAGCAGAGGAAAUUGGACUUGGAAUUGCCUAGAGCGGAUGACGAUGCUGCAAGGAGGAUGAAGAAGAAGAUGAAAGAGCAUAUGGCUGUCGCGAGCGAGUUCAAUAUCGGAUAA